CGAGGCACGAGCAGAGCGCUGGUAAAGGCACCUGAACCCACUCGUGUUCCUGCAGGAGGGAGUGCGGGUGGAAAUUCCCAUCACUUUCUGCAUCUCCGGUCAAACCUCGCUGUUCCCGGGACGUGCUCAUUUAUUGCACCUCUGUGAAUUCCUUCGGAUUUCGGGAAACGCAGCACGGGUGCCCUGAGCACAUCCCCUCCUCCUGCUGGGAAAGGACCAACGCUGCGCUGUGCCCUCACCGCUCCGGGAGGUGAGCAGCUCACCAGGAAACAAACCCCGGUUCUCCAGGCUUGCUUAACGCCGGGCGUGUUGCGUCCGACUGUUGCACAACCAUCACCGAUGUCUGUUACACCGAUGUGCUUUCGGGCGCUCUCACCGUGCCGUGAAUCAUUAACCCUCGGGUACAACCACGGGCUGCAACACGCUCUGCUGCCUUUCCCGGCUCAGCUCCGCGCCGGCGGGUCUGGGCCACGUGCAGCCGAACCUCCCUCCGCAGCCAUCCCGCAGCCCGCAGGGAGCGCUGCCGGGUCGGGCCGGGCCGAGCCGUGCCGGGCGGAGCGCAGCGGCGAUGGGGCCGGGCUGCCGGAGGGCGGUGAGCAGCUAUUCCAGCCCGCAGGUGGUGGUGGUGAGGGACGGGCUUCUCGGCACCGCGUAUCGGGCACUGCAGCUCCUGGUGCUGCUCUACUUCAUCGGGUAUGUGUUCAUCGUGCAGAAGGGCUACCAGGAGCGAGAAACGGGCCCGGAGAGCUCCGUCAUCACCAAAGUCAAGGGUGUGACGCAGUCACCGAGCAAGGUCUGGGAUGUUGGGGAGUACGUGGCCCCCCCCGAGGGUGGGAGCAGCUUCAGCAUCCUCACACGGGUGGAGGUGAGCGCUGCCCAGGCUGUGGGGACGUGCCAUGAGGGUCCCAGUGCUGCAUGCCGCUCAGAGCAGGACUGUGUCUCUGGGGCCAUGGAUGCAUCCCACCACGGCGUGAGGACAGGACGCUGUGUGCCUGGGGGCAGUGGGAGGAGCUGUGAGGUGCUGGCCUGGUGCCCUCUCCACGGAGGCAGCAGCAGCGAGUCCCUAGCAGAGAUGGCAGCGCAGUUCACCAUCCUCAUCAAGAACCACAUCCGAUUCCCCCGCUUCGGCUUCUCCAAGGCCAACAUUCAGGCUGCCGAGAGCCACUACCUGAAGAGCUGCACCUUCAAUGCCACCUCCGCGCUGUACUGCCCCAUCUUCAGGCUGGGCUUCCUGGCUGAGCAGGCAGGCGAGGACUUUGCAGUGUUGGCUGAGAAGGGUGGGGUGAUCGGUGUCAUCAUCAGCUGGGACUGCAACCUGGAUCUGCCUGACACCAAGUGCAACCCACGCUACUCCUUCCGUCGCCUCGACCCCAAAGGGACUUUGGCAUCGCCAGGCUACAACUACAGGUUUGCCAAGUACUACAGCUGGAACGGGACCUGCACACGGGUGCUGACCAAGGCCUAUGGGAUCCGUGUGGAUGUGAUUGUGCAAGGCCAGGCAGGGAAGUUCAGCCUGAUCCCCACGGUCAUCACGUUGGCCACUGCGCUCACCUCGGUGGGACUGGGCUCCUUCCUCUGCGACUGGGUGCUGCUGUGCUGCAUGGACAAGGAGCGGCGGUACAGCAGCAGGAAAUUUGAGCAGGUACUGGUGGGCUGAGGAUGCUCCUCUGCAGCCCCAGACCAUCCCCCCUCCAUCCCCAAAUUGACAUUUCCCACACAGAGCUGUGCCCAUGGAUGGGCAGAAUGCACCUUACAGCCACCCACUACUGCUGCCAAUAAACCAUCACUGCUCAGCA